GGGCCAGAGAGCAAGAGCAAGGAGGAAGGAGCAGAUCCUGUCAUGAGCUCCAGCCAGCCAGCAGCCUGCCCAUGCCGGGGUGCUUCAGGUCGCCCAGCCAUUCUAUAUGCACUUCUGAGGCCCAGCCUUGGGGCCAGGCCUCCUGGGCCCCCAGCCCGAAGCCACUGCCUAUGCAAGCAGCACCGGCCGGUCCAGCUGUGCGCUCCCCAUCGCACCUGCCGGGAGGCCUUGGAUGUUCUGACCAAGAUGGUGGUCUUCCUCAGGAACCUGCCGUCCUUCUGCCAGUUGCCCCCCCAGGAUCAACGGCGGCUACUGCAGGGCUGCUGGGGCCCCCUCUUCUUGCUUGGGUUGGCACAAGACACUGUGACCUUCGAGGUGGCCGAGGCCCCAGUUCCCAGCAUACUCAAAAAGAUCCUGCUGCAGGAGCCCAACGGCAGUGCAGACAGAGGCCAGACGCAAGACCAGCCCCAGCCCUCACUGGCUGCGGUGCAGUGGCUUCAGUGCUGCCUGGAGUCCUUCUGGAGCCUGGAACUGAGCCCCAAGGAAUACGCCUACCUAAAAGAAACCAUCCUCUUCAACCCUGAUGAGCCAGGCCUUCACGCUUCCUCCCACAUCAGGCACCUGCAGCAGGAGGCUCACCAGGUGCUGUGUGAGGUCCUGGAGCCCUGGUGGCCAGCAGGCCAAAGCCGCUUGGCGCAUGUCCUCCUCAUGACCUCUACCCUCAAGUCCAUUCAGCCCAGCCUGCUGGUGGAUCUCUUCUUUCGCCCUAUCAUUGGAGACAUUGACAUCGGCAAUCUCCUCGAGGACAUGCUUUGGCUUGGACACAUGCACCCAAGCAGAGACCAGGCAUAGGCUGGACAGACCUGGACAGCGCUGAUCCAGCCUGGCUGUCCCCCCGAGAUGCCCCUACCCUCCCAGAGGUGGCCGGUCUGUUCAGACAGUACACAGCUGCCCAGGAGCAAGCGGGGCUCAGGGGCGCGAACUCAACCACACCUCAUCUUGGCCAAGCUGUCUGGCUGACUCUGGGGCCUCCAGAGCCUCUAGACCAAGACUCCUGCCCCUCCUGGGACAGGGAUGGAUGGAGUAACUGUUCAUGGGGCCAGGAAUCCUACUGACUUUGUACAGACUGACUUAAGUUAUUGGUUUUUGUAAUAAAAGGUGCAACAC